AUGCCGGGCGGCGUGUGUGCCGUCCUCGACUACGAGGUCGAGGCCAUGGCUGAGUAUGUUGCCGAGAUGGCCACCCGCGUCAUCACCCCCGAGGCCCCCAUCACCUCGGCCUUCCGCAAGUUCGUGUCGCAGAUCCUCACCUCGACCCGUCUGCCAAGCACCACCAUCCUCCUAGGCAUGAACUACCUCGCCAAGAGGAUCAACACUAUGAAGAGCCAAGGUCCCUACAAGGCCUCCGAGGGCCAGGUGUGGCGCUACCUCACCGUAUCGCUCCUCCUGGGAAGCAAGUUUCUGGAUGACAACACCUUUCAGAACCGCUCCUGGUCCGAGGUCAGCGGAAUACCCGUCGCCGAGCUCAACUCGCUCGAGUUUGAGUGGGUCCAGUCCAUGAAUUGGCGCCUCUAUGUCAACCUCGACAAGAGCAAGGACUACCAGGCGUGGCUCGAAAACUGGCGUGAGUGGCAGCAGCUCAAGAAGCGCCAAGCCCAGGCCGGCAGGGACAAGCUCUCGUCCGUCCUGCCCGCCAUCAACACCGACCUCGCCCGCUACAGCAGCAGCCGCCGCUCCCCUCACUCUCGCUACCUCCAGGAUCAGGUCGCCGAGUACGAGCGCUACGAGUCUCUCAAGCUUCACCAGCAGCAACCGCACCACCACCACCACCACCACCACCAGGUCUUCCACCAUCAGGAUGUGUCCGCCUGGACUCACAACCCUUGGAAUGCUGCUCCUCUGACGCCUCCCGACUCGGGUUACGGCACACCCGAUGGCUACGGAUUGUCUGCCACGUCUAGCAACGCUAGGUACAACGACUGGUUCGCCCAGGCCGCAGCCUGCUACAGCAGCAACGCCAACAACCUCGGACGCUACUCGCACGCCCCUGCGCCGAACCCAUUCUACCAGGGCCGUCAGUCUCACUAUGUCCACGGCUAUGGCUACGGUCACCACCAUGGCUGGGAGCACGGCCUGGCCGAGUGUAGCUGUCCCAACUGCGUCAGCCCCAUGAAGCAGGCUCCCUAUUUUGCGACCCACUCCUAUGGCCAGACGGUCAUGGGCUGA